AUGAGCCCACCCAACACCAACAGCAUCGAUUCUACCCAUGGCGUCGCGGCAACGCAGAGCGGCCCUGUCAUUAGCGUGAAUGCUUUGAAUCUGUAUUACAUCGACCCCGAAAUUUGUAUGGACGCAACGGUCGAGGUGUACCAAAAAUCAACGUUGGACGACAUCCGCACGCAGGCCCACCAGAAGAUACAGGAACACCUCGCCGACGUGUGCGAAAAAGCCCAACUCGAUGCGGAGCGCCACAUGCUCUUGGGACCGGAAUCUAUUGUUUUAUUCUCAAACCGGCUAGGAUAUAGAAGUUUUGAGCGUCAGGACCCCAAGGCCCCUGUGAUGGCUGCCACUCUGGUGGCCGAAGGGGACCACGUGUGCGCCAUCGUGCCUCCGUGGGGCAAACUGGGCAAAACGCCGCCGUCGGAUGCCGCCUUUGUUCCCGACGACCUCGAGAGCCAUUUCCUCCUACCUCUAAUCGACAGACAGUACACCCUCAAGGACGACAUAGAGAAGGGCGAGACUGAAAUUCACAAACGUUCCGAGAUCAUAAAGAAAGAGCGAGAAAAAAACAGGGAGCUUAGGACCGCCCUAGAGGCGGAGCAGAAGGCGACAGAGAUGAAGGUGAAAGAGGCCGUGUGCGCAAUGGAAAAGGGCAUGAGAAAAAUGGAGGAUAUGGCGGACGAGUUGAGACAGGCCUUGAAGGAGGAGAGGGAGAGGAACAAGAGGGCGCUGGAGGAAGAGCGGAGCGAGAGGGAGAGGGCCUUGAGGGAGGAGCGGAGCGAGAGGGAGAGGGCGCUGGAGGAAGAGCGGGAGAGGAACAAGAGGGCGCUGGAGGAAGAGCGGGAGAGGACGUCGAAUGAGCUCGACCAGCUGAAGCAGGCACAGGCUUCAUUCCAGCUUCAAAUGCGCACGAUUCUCGACGACAUCCAGGGCGCCCUUGCGAAGCAGGCCAACUUAUCUAUAGACGACACGCCUUCAAGGGCCUGGAGGAGGUAUUUAGACGAGAAAAGCAGCUGGACGAUCGACGACCGGAUCAAAUACACGCGCGGGCUGAUCAAGAACAAACCAACGUUCGCGAACAUCGCCGCCUCCAACCACGCACUCAAGAUCAUUUGCGAAAGCGCCUCCGCUAUACGCAAGGCUGGAAACACGGCCGCCCAUCCCUCGUUCGAUAGCGCGGUGAAAUAUGACGCGCUCAAGGCAGAAGUGGAAACGAGCUUGAUACGUGACACCGAGAAGGAGGCGAUACACGCCAUCAUAGAGUCGCUCGCGAAGAUGUACCUGUAG